AUGGAGAAGGCUAUGGUUGCAGGUAUGUGGGUACGUACCGACCAACAACACUCCACUCAGUUCACGGAGAAGUACUUUGGACUUCGAGCAAGCAUCUUUCCAACGACGGACACGGUCCGUUUCCACGCACCACGUUGUCCGUUUGACCUCAGCAGGGUGAAAAUCGGGCAAGAUUCUUCACGCAGCCAACCGCGCCCAAAGGAAAAGAAAGGAAGUGAGAGGCAAAGAAAGAAAAUAAAGGAAAUCGUUGCAGAGAUGCCGCUGGAGAAAAUCUACGUUGCCCGCCAUGGGUUCCGCUCCAAUUGGCUCGUUGACCCUCUCACCGGGACCUACUCUGCACACAUCCCAUCGCCAACGGGAAUACCUGCCGACCCAACACUCACCUCCCACGGCGUCAGGCAGUCCAAAGAGUUGGCAAGCCACCUCGUGACGCUCGAUCCACCCAUUGAGGCGGUGUAUUCAAGUCCAUUCUAUCGUUGCCUGGAGACGCUGAGCCCUUUUGUGACUCUGCAGCUGCAGAAGCAAGAGCAGGGCCGGACGGGCGGACGACUCGUGUCCGAGACGGCCAUGAUUCGCCUGGAGCGGGGCAUCCAGGAGUGGUUCGGCUCGGCCCCCUUCGACCACCCCGAGCCGGCCACAGCAGACGUUCUCAAGACGCUCUUCCCCACCAUCAACGGCGAGUACCGGUCCGUCGUGUCACCUUCCAAGAGGGGCGAGACGUUGGCCGAGUUGCAGGACCGUGUCGCCGUUGCGUUGCGAGCCAUCAUAGACAGGUGUGAUGCGGAAGGCACCCGAGCGGUCCUGUUGUGCAGUCAUGCCGCAGUCAUCAUCGUCUUGGGCCGCAUACUUACCGGACAGGUGCCAGAGGCCGCCGAUACGGACGACUUUUACGCCUACACUUGCGGCUUGAGUGUUUUUCGUCGAGCCGCGCCGGUUGAGGAAGGGCGUGUUCAAGGUCCCCGGCCCUUAUCGGCAGAUCGAGGUACGUGGCGGGCCUGCUCAUGUUUCGCAGCAUGA